AUGCUGGACGAAGAGACAGCAUAUGUCUACCGUACAUUCGUGUACUUGGCUGCUUCAGCAUCAGCUGAGUUCUUCGCUGAUAUUGCUCUUUCACCUAUGGAAGCCGCUAAGGUCCGUAUCCAAACCAUGCCUGGUUUCGCCACCACCUUACGUGAAGCGUGGCCCAAGAUGGUCCAAAACGAAGGCUACGGCACCUUCUACAAAGGUUUAGUCCCACUGUGGGGUCGCCAGAUCCCAUACACCAUGAUGAAGUUUGCCAGCUUCGAAAAGACCGUCGAACUUUUGUACAAGCAUGUAGUUCCAAAGCCCCGUGACCAGUGCUCAAAGGCUGAGCAGUUGGUGGUGACAUUCGCUGCCGGUUACAUCGCUGGUGUCUUCUGUGCCAUUGUCUCCCACCCUGCUGAUACUGUUGUAUCCAAGCUUAACCAGGACAGAACGGCGACAAUUGGAUCCAUUGUCGGUAAGCUAGGCAUGGCUGGAGUAUGGAAGGGACUUGGACCCAGGAUUGUGAUGAUCGGUACCCUCACCGCUCUGCAAUGGUUCAUCUAUGACGCAGUCAAGGUAACGCUACGUAUGCCCAGACCGCCACCAGCUGAGAUGCCAGAAUCUAUGCGAAAGCGAUUAGAAGCUGAGUCUGCUGCGAAAUCAGAGUGA